UUCACGUUUAUGUAAAAAUGUUGGUGGCAGUUUUGCGGACGUGUGCGAGACAGCGAUCAGCUGUUUACAAUGUUCAGUCUGUGUCAGCUGUGCGCUGUUUGUUUACAACCCAAACAAGGUUAAAACGCCGGAAAGUUGGUGAAGAAAAGAAAUCAGAUAGAAUAAUUGAAUAUUCUCCGAAGAAAAAAAAUGUGGUGGAUAUAUGGCGUUACAUGACGGUUGAGGAAUUAGCGCAAACGAUGAGCCGACCGCUAGAGGAUAUACAGGAAGCUAUGUUGUUUGUAAAAAAUGCUAAAAAUAUUGAACCUGAAGCCACAUUGGAAGAUCUCAAAAUUAUACAAGAAAUUGUUAGUAAAUGCGGUAACAAAACACGUAUCGUGCCUGCGCCAGAUAACAAAAUAGAAACUGAGAAAAUACGUGACAUAACGCCAAGACCACCUGCACCACCCGAAGCGAUGCAAAUAAGAUCACCUGUGGUAACGGUUAUGGGACAUGUCGAUCAUGGCAAAACCACACUCUUGGAUACUUUGCGAGGUUCUGCUGUGGCAGCCGGUGAAGCUGGUGGCAUAACACAACAUAUUGGUGCAUUUACGGUGACGCUUGAAAAUGGAGAAAAGGUGACGUUUUUGGAUACACCUGGUCAUGCGGCUUUUAGUGCAAUGCGUGCACGUGGCGCUAAUGUGACGGAUAUCAUCGUUUUGGUUGUUGCAGCCGAGGAUGGUGUUAUGGCACAAACGAAAGAGGUUAUUAAGCUUGCACAAGAUGCAAAAGUUCCCAUUAUUGUUGCUAUCAAUAAAAUUGAUAAGCCCGAAGCAAAUAUUGAGAAAACAAAAAGAGAUUUAAUGAUGAUGGGCUUGGUGCCUGAAGACAAAGGCGGCGAUGUACAAGUCAUUCCAAUAUCAGCUUUAAAAGGUACAAAUUUAGAAUUAUUAGCCGAGGCAGUUAGCACGCAAGCCACUCUCAUGGGCUUGAAGGCAGAUUACACAGGAUUAGUGGAAGGUGUUGUUGUUGAGUCGAAAACAGAUGCUAGAAGAGGAAAACUUUCCACUGCUAUUGUGACUCGAGGAAUUUUACGUAAAGGUUCUAUACUAGUAAGUGGAUUGGCACACGCUAAAGUACGUGGCUUAUUCGAUCAUAAUGGACAACCAAUGUCAGAAGCACCACCAGGUACACCAGUUGAAAUAUUGGGUUGGCGAGAACUACCAUUUGCCGGCGAACUAAUACUAGAAGUAGAAACUGAAAAAAAAGCAAACAUGGUAUUAAAAUGGCGAGAACACGAAGCACAGAAAGAUAAAACUGAAAAUACGCUUGAAGAUAUACGUAAGAAAGAGGAAGAGCAUUUAGCUAAAUAUCGUGCAGAGCGUGAAACACGCCGGUUAGCAGGGCGUUUCCGUUAUAGAUUUGGACCACGUUCUAAAGAAUAUGCCGAAGAGGAUAAAACACCACGUGUAAGUGUUAUUGUGAAAGGCGACGUACAUGGUUCAGUAGAAGCUAUACUGGAUGUACUCGAAACAUACAACAGCAAUGAACAAUGCCGUUUAGAUUUGGUACAUUAUGGUGUGGGUAAUAUAACUGAAGGAGAUAUUGAAUUGGCAAAAACAUUCAAUGCCAUAAUCUACGCUUUUUCCGUUGAUGUACCAGUGAAAGCUACAAAAAGUGUUUCCAUAAGGCCUUGCAAUAUAAUAUAUAGACUUAUAGAUGACUUGAAAAAGGAGAUAAGUAGUAAGUUGCCAACUAAAGAUGUAGAGGAAAAACUUGGUGAAGCGUCCGUUUUGCAACAAUUCUUCAUCAAUGAGGGACGCAAGGAAGUGCCUGUGGCGGGUUGUCGUUGUGUUAAAGGCAUUUUGAAGAAAGCACAGAAAUUUCGCUUAGUACGUGACGGAGACGUUAUUUAUGAAGGUACUUUAGAAUCUAUGCGCCAUUUGAAAAAUGAAGUUGAUUCCAUAAAGAAGGAUGUUGAAUGUGGUUUGCGUUUCAAGGAUAUAAACAUAAUACCACAAGCAGGUGAUACAAUAAUUUGUUAUGCGACAAACGCAGAACCACAACUAACAGAUUGGGAUCCAGGAUUUUAAAUCGCCUUUUAUUUACCAUUAAAAUGUUAAUUAAAAAUAGUUUUUUUUUGUUUCGU